CACCAAGCGGGCCUUCACUUCUCUCCUCAGUUCGGCCCGGGCCGCUCACCAAGACGUUGCGUUUGUUAUUGUCCGCCGCAUUCAACGCAUUUGUAUUCACAAUCAGUGGUACUUGACUGCCCUUCAAGGGCUUUGGGAGAUUGUUUUGUCAAUGAAAAGGAGAGACGAUGCACCGCCAGACUUGAUGCUGUCUGUCGUGUCACGCCGACGUUCCAGUCGGUGCACGGAUUUUUAUUUAUUUCUCAGCAUUUUUACGUUCGCGUUUUUGUUCAGUUUUGGGAAUCCCGGGGGUUUAGAGGUUAGAGAAUGGCCGGGAAAGAAUUUUUUUGGGGGAUCGUAGAACUCAUCCGUGAAUUGACAAAUAUCGACGAUUUAUCAGUGCGUCAUUAGGUGUGACAGUGAUUUUUCUUUGCUAAAACUUUAGCAUGUGAAGUGGUGAGUCGACUGACAUUUCGAGUGAGUGAUAACUGUGAUUAUUUUCACUUGUAUGACAACUGUUUCGGUGGACACUGAAGACGGUGGAAUUUAUCACUGGAGCACUUCCUCUAAUUACACAUCUGUGGGUCGCCUGACAUCCGAGGAGCUAAAGCGAGAUAGUGUAUGGUGAUGAGGGGUAUCGGUUAAAAAUCUCUGAAAUCGCGCAGGCGCGUCAUCUUCAAGAUGCCAGUUUUCCCGGGGGUCCUACUUAGCCCACUGUUGCUACUAAUGAUCGUAGACGGCAGCUGGGCCUUCAACGCCCGUCAAACAGAAUGCGCAUUUCCGGUGAGAUGGGAGGGCACUUGGUUUCAGAGUGGUGUGAGACAACCGAUUCUCAUAUCCAAGAAUAUGCUUUCCAACAAGGGCAAGUGUUUGAGGAACGAAGGGGACAAGUUUCUUGUGGUAGACGAAAAAUCGUGUUACAGAUGCGUUGUUAUACACGAAAAACACGCCAAUGUUUUGCAGUACAAAGAGACAUUUUGUCAUCCACGAAAUACCCUAGCACUGCUGUGCUCAUACAUAACCGGUGACGCAUUACUGUACUCGAUGUUUCGCGAAGAAGCAACAGCAGUGCCUUGUCCCUUUCGUGGCCCUAUGACAUUCACGUAUAAUCGUGGUCACGGCACUUGUUCUAAUCCACUUAGCAAUGUGGACACCUGUACAGACGACAGUAGAUUACUAUUCAGGUAUCAGGCCUGUCCGGAUGUACCUGCUUCAGAAAGUGCAGUGGAGGAACUUGAGUGCCUGGCAACGUGGAAGGAGGGUAGCAGUCGUUACCUAGUCGGUCGUUUGCAUCAUGGACACGCGUCAAGUAAUGAGGAGCGUUAUAGGUGCUUCGUUUACGAAAGGGCUGGACAAAGUGUAGGGGGUAUGGGCAGAGCUGCUCUUGGAGUGGCAAGCAUCGACCACGAGGUUGGGAUGCCACCAAGUGGACCAUUACCAGAGGGUACACCCGAAGUUUAUCGGGUGGCCCAAAGUGGUGAUGCUACUUGCAAUGGCCUCUUCAGUCCCAUGGAGGGAUCACGCACCAUGACAUUGACUAGAGCCUCGUCACCGGGGAAAUGCCGGUUUCCAGGGUGGCUAACUGGCCACAAUAACAACGGCCUUACUUGGCAUACACUCGAUCUCACAAGAUCCUACACAUUUCAUCCGAGAAAUGCAAGUUUACAUGUAACAAGGUCAAAUGCCACUAGGUACGAUAUGGCAUUCCUAGAUUUUCAAGAUAUCAUUGAUGGCCAGGAGGAGCAGAAUGUCAAGAUACUCUGUAACAGUAUUAAACAAAUGAAUCCCACGCAGACGACAACGAUGAUUGUUGCCCAUUUCACUGUUGGAUGCCGGAGUGGAUUCAUGUGUAUGACCUUCUACAGACGAGAUGGUCAUGUAGUGGAAGUACAAACUGGCAAAGAAGUAUCGAGGGCUGAAGACGCCUGUAGUGCACCACAUGAUCAAUCCCACAGCAUUCCCUACCUCACAUUAGUCACGAGUUCUCCCGAGUCCCGUCAGUGCCCAUACCUCGGCAAAUUUACCGUGACUGGUGUAGAUCGAAACCCACGAAAUAUUCGUGAAAAUCGUUACAAGUCAGGCGAUAAAACCGAUGAAAUGCGGGUCAGACACUCCGACGAUCGCCGAGGACGUAAAUUUGACUUUGAUGUUGAAAAAAGAAAGGCAAACAAUGAGUACCUGAUACACGAGAGACCAGGUAGACGAGUGAGAUCAGAGAGAAUGGGCCGAGCACACGACUCAAAGGUUGUGAGAAGAACGAGGAGAAAAUCAAGAUCAGAGGGUCUUGAUGGGGUAAAGAGAACUCCGAGAAGUACAAAAAUUGAGGACUUUCACGUUCAUGUCGAGGAACUUGGUAAAGUCCAUGAUUUAUCAGAUUUGGAGGAUUUAUCGAGUAUGAUUCAAGUGCAGGACGACUAUUUCGGCGAUUACGAAAUGGAGAAGCCCGAGAAAAGAUCGAAUUAUCUGUCCUAUGAAGAUCUAUUGGCCUUCAGGCGAGACGUUGAAAGUGAAAAAUAUGUUGAUGAGUUUGGUGAAAAGAGGGAGAAAAGGGAGGAGGAGGAUGAUUCAAGGUGCACUGCAGAGGUGACUACUUUGAAUAUCGGCUGCUCCACAGCUGAUCGGAUGGAAUUUCAAAGUGACUGCGUUGAUGAGGGCAGCGCCGUUACCGCUUAUUCGUGUCACGGGCACUGGUCUGACACUGAGGGCACGCAAUUUGUAAUAGCAACUCCACUAGCGCGCAGAACCUUAUGGUCAAAUGAUAACAAUGAGCCCCAAGCAUUUCGUAACAGCAGAAGAUUGUGCUUCAUGUAUCGUGAAAGUGGUGGUGUCGUUAGUCUGACCGCAAGUACAAUCGCGUGUCAGAGAGAAAUUUCACCGCCUACACCGAUGUUGGCGUUCAAUGCCACCAGUAUCGGACAAUGUAUGGAGGAGAACGGCAGUCGAAAUGUUCAGCCUUCGCACUUUCUCGUUAUCAUUAUCACCACAAUGAUAAUUCAGGGGCUCAGGUGAUUCUGAUAGCUCUCCUGAUAUGGAAAAAUCUUCCCUUAAAUAAAACUAGAAACAAUUCUUCGAAUGAAUGACGAUGAAGAACAUAACAACAGUGCUGCCAAGUGAGGGAUGACAUGUAUAGUUACUUUUUUUAUCCAACUAUAACGACAGUCCCCACCAGUGAAUCGCCAGCAAAUUUUUUUUAUAAAGAAAAUCCAAUAAAAAGCUUGAAAAAAAAUUAGUC